AUGGCGUUCUGUAACCGCACGCUUGCCAAGGCAGCUUUGGGAGCUUGUUUUCUAUUUAUCCUGGUGCACCACCUGUUCAAUUCUAAACUAGACAGCUCCAACGGAUAUGCAGGCCUAAAAUCAAGGUACAUUAAUCUUCCAAUUAGUGCAACGCAAUGGCCGAAGCGAACGCAUGCAAGUGUGGAGAAAAGUUCCGCUCCUAUCGAACACUCAAUGCUAGAUAACGAUGAAAAAGUGAGCACAAUUCCGCAGUACGCCAAUAACCAACAAGUAAACGACACCACUGUCGAUAAUGCACAACAAAAUCAAUCGCUAGGGGGUUCGCAAGCUGUAAACUUACGGCUCAAUAAUUUGAAAAAUCAAAAUGUGAUACAAAAGGUUGAUACUGAACCAACCAAGCGCACCGCUACGUCGUCUGAAAUCGACACAAACAGUAAUAAGAUAAACAGUAACUCCUCUCGUGUUAUACCUUCUAAGCAUGAUUCAAACAGUAAUUUUAAUGAUAGCGUAGUCAAGGAUAGCGGGGUCAACGGUGGGUCACCUUAUAUUGAAAAUAUAGGCAACAAUAAAUCGUCAAUCGAAUCAGUUAACAAUAUCGGCAACUUACCAGCAAUAUCGUCCCUUAAAUUGGAUGUUCGGAUAAAUGCCUCACCCCGGAUAGGUGAUGCUAAUAGCGGUCGGGAUGAUGAUUCGCAAAACACUGCUAAUCAAUUUUCGGCGACAAGUGGACUAGAUAGUUUGCUGGACAAGUUCACGAUAAAUAGCUGUCCUCCGAUUCCUCCAAACCUAGAUGGACCAAUAGAUGUGGACAUAGCGUUUGAGCCGCUCACCACGGUGGAGAAACGAUUUGCCCAUAAGCUCCAACCAGGAGGCCAGUACGUGCCACCAGACUGUACCGCACGGAAUCGAGUCGCCAUCAUCGUACCAUACCGCGCACGGGAACAGCACCUGCCAAUUUUCCUGAAGAACAUACAUUCGUUGUUGAUGAAGCAGCAGCUCGAAUAUGGUAUUUACAUAGUGGAACAGACUGCUGGAUCCUCGUUCAAUCGGGCCGCAUUGAUGAACAUCGGUUUCGUCGAGGCGAUGAAACAGAAGAACUGGGAAUGCAUGGUAUUUCACGACAUCGACCUAUUGCCAAUGGACGAUCGUAAUCUCUACACCUGUCCGGACCAACCUCGCCACAUGUCUGUUGCUGUCGAUACUUUUGGGUUUAAGCUGCCGUAUAGCACAAUUUUUGGUGGUGUUUCCGCUAUGACCGAGAAACAGUUUAGAAUGGUGAACGGUUUUUCCAACUCUUUCUGGGGUUGGGGAGGAGAGGAUGAUGACAUGUCGAACAGGUUGAAACACGAGGGAUUUCAUAUAGCACGCUAUCCUAUCAACAUAGCUCGUUACACGAUGUUAAAUCACAAAAAAGAAAAGGCCAAUCCUAAGCGAUAUGAAAAACUAGUAAAUGGAGCAAAACGGUUCGAUAGUGAUGGACUGAACUCGUUACACUACCAACUAGUGAAUUUAAUUCGAAAACCACUAUACACCUGGAUUCACGCGGAUAUAACUCCAGAUCAUAUGCUUUCCGCGCUCGUCAAAGCGAAUGAAUUUUGCAAACCAGUAAUACUGUUUCUACCCUCAACAUUACCCCAACUUAACUGUGGUGAUAGCAAAUGA